AUGAGUAUGCCGGAAUUGGGAAGCAAGAUCAGCCUAAUAUCAAAGGCGGAUAUUAGGUACGAGGGUAAACUGUUUACAGUCGACCCACAGGAAUGCACCAUCGCCUUGUCUCAUGUACAAUCUUUUGGAACAGAGGAUCGUCCAACAGAAUUUAAGGUUCCAGCACAAAGUCAAAUAUAUAACUAUAUACUAUUUCGCGGCUCUGAUAUUAAAGAUAUUAAAGUUAUCACUCCUCAAAUAGCUCUCAAUGAUCCUGCUAUUGUACAGCUAUCAGUACCUCCAAAUACUAUGGGUGGCUUUAAUGCUAAUUAUCAAUCUAUGGAUGAACUAGGUUCAGUCAAUCAGGUUGGAAACUCUUAUAACCCUAUGUCUGGUGUGAACUUAAAUGCUGGACCAUCACAUAAGCAAGCAAGUGAGUCUCCUCUGAUUUUAGAUCCACAACCAGUAAUUCAGCAGAAACAACCGAUGACUGCCCAAUCUGAUGUCCUAGAUUUAAUAUCUGGUGGUUCCCGUUCAUCUACACCAGCACAGCCAAAUGUAUUUAAUGGUCAACGUAAUAGCCCAACUUUUGAUCAAAGUAUUCAAACCGGAAAUCAACAAAGUCCAGGAAAUGGAAGAGGAGGAAGAAAUCAGCGUAACAGAUCUACGUCUUCUUCUGAUACUCGUAAACAAGUUAGGCAACAAGGGCAAAAUUAUCAAAGGAAUGAACAGCAACAUUACCAACAACGUAAUGACCAACAAUAUCAAAGGAACGAUUUUCAACAUCAGGAUAAUAAUCAACAUUUUGCUAACCGUCAAGGUGGAAAUAGGAAUAUGAAUGGUCGUAAUUGGAAUAAUCACCAAAAUAAUCAGCAACAACAGCAACAACAACAGCAAGUUAGAAGACCAAAUCCAGUUCCGAACAAUGCUACAGGAGGUCGUUCAUUUUAUAAUAGGUCUACUGGUCUUCCAGCUCCUAGUAAAGUACAGGGACCAAGAACAAAUUCGUUGAAGUUUGAUGAGGAUUAUGAUUUUGAUAAGGCAAAUAGUGAAUUUCAGGAGAUUAUAAAAAAACUAUCUAGAACCAAGAUAGAUGAUGGUUUUGAUGAUUCAACCGAAGAAGUAACUGUAGUAAAUGGUGCUUCAUCAGUUAAUGGUGAUUCAAUACCCCAUUUAAAUGACGGAGAUUUAGUUCAUGUAAAAAAAACUCAUCGUAUUGAAAGCGGAAAUGAAACUGGUGUUGUAGAAAAUGAAAAUGAAGGAGAUGAUGAUCAAAAAACAUUUUAUGAUAAAUCCAAAUCAUUUUUCGACACAAUCAGCUGUGAAGCAGUUGAAAGAAGCAAAGGACAUUCACAAAGAACUGAUUGGCGUACGGAACGUAAAUUAAAUUCAGAGACAUUUGGUGUAGCAAUGGCAAGACGUGGUCAAUACCAUCGUGGCCGUGGGGGUUAUUAUAACAAUAAUAACUCUAAUUACCGUGCCAACCCUAACGCCUACAACAAUGGUAACAAUUACAAUAACAAUCGUCAAGGAAUGAAUUAUAACUACCGUCAACAAUCAAAUAAUGGAUAUAUGCGUAAUAAUCCUGGUAACCGUGGCUAUAACUACAGACCAAGAGCAACCAACAAACAGGAUCAACGCCAACCAAAUGCAGUAUCUCCUCAACGAGUAUCAGUAGCCUGA